AUCGUCGGAACGCUCAUGUCGUUCGCCGGUGUCAUGCUUCUUACACUCUACAAGGGUGUGGCCUUGACACACCAAGUUGAGCCUUCAGUGAGCCCGGAUCACCAUGCUGCAGCAACACCAGAGUCCGGCAAGAAGACCUGGACCCUGGGCACUGUAGCAUUGCUGGCAAACUGCCUGUGCUUCUCCUUCUGGCUUCUACUCCAGUCCAAGCUCACCAAGAAGUAUCCAGCACUGUACUCUAGUACUUCUUACAUGUUCUUGAUCAGUUCCCUGCAAGGCGGGGGGCUGACGGCGGCGAUACAAAGGCGAGCUUCAGUGUGGGCUCUGACAAGGCCAGUGGAGAUCAUUACGGUUUUAUAUACAGGAAUUAUGGGGUCUGGAGUGGGCUACGUACUGAUGACAUGGUGCGUUGAGAAGAGAGGGCCAGUGUUCACUUCAGCCUUCAUUCCCAUCAUUCAGAUCAUGGUUGCCAUGAUUGAUUUCUUCUUUCUCCAUGAGAAUAUCUACCUUGGAAGUGUGCUGGGAUCCAUACUGAUGAUUCUGGGCCUCUAUAUUCUGCUGUGGGGAAAGAACAGGGAUGCUUCGGUAGCAUCUGCGAAAGAAGAGGAAGAAGACAAGGAGAAGCAAGUCAAAUCAUUCAGGGAUAGACAGCCCUCUCUGGCCUGGCUGCUUGAGAUGUGGAGUGCAGGAUGCACGGAGCAGUGGAUGCCGACGGCGGCAAUGGUCGCCACCAACGUUGUGAUCGCCAUCAUGACCGCGCUGAUCAAGCAGGCACUGAACCAGGGCAUGAACAGGCUGGUCCUCAUCACUUUCCGGCAAAUGGUGGCCACCGUGUUCCUUGGCCCCAUUGCCUUCUUCAAGGAAAGGAAGACAAGACCAAAGUUCACAGCUGAAAUCUUUGUUUACAUGUUCCUAAGUGGAAUUCUUGGGCCUGUGCUGCUUCAGUACACACUGUUUGUUGGAUUGGAUUACACAACAGCAACAUUUGCUGCAACUUUCUCCAAUAUGCUUCCAGUGGUUACUUUCCUGAUAUCACUCGCUUUCAGGUUUGAAGCACUUGAAGUGAGGAGCAAGUCAGGGAGUGCCAAGAUCUCAGGGACACUCAUCUCUCUCGGUGGUGCAAUGAUGCUCACCUUCUACAAGGGCUCAGUACUGACUCACAACCCAUCAUCCGGCAGUCCUGCUUCCAGCAGUGGCCACGGGCAAGCCGGAGAGCACGGCACGGUCCGGUGGGUGCUCGGCUCCGUCUCGAUGCUCGCAAAUGUUGUCGGCUUCGCGUUGUGGCUGCUGCUGCAGAGGAAGUUCACCAGGAAGUAUCCGGCUGUGUACUCGGCGACAGCGUUCAUGUCACUGUUCAGCUUCAUCCAGGCAGGGGCCCUCGCCUUGUCGAUACAAAGGAGCAGCAUUUCAGUGUGGGCUCUCAAGGGGACAAUAGAGAUCGUCACAGUCGUGUAUUGUGGUGUUGUGGCAUCCGGUAUUGGGUACCUGCUGCUCACAUACUGUGUGGAGAAGAGAGGCCCUGUGUUCACUGCCGCCUUCAGCCCUCUCUCUCAAAUCUUCGUCGCCGGCAUCGAUCUGUUCAUCCUCCAUGAGCCGCUCUACCUUGGAAGCGUGCUAGGGUCAGUGCUGGUGAUUCUGGGACUCUACCUUGUGCUAUGGGGCAAGAAAGAGGAAUCCGCCAGCGCUGUCGCUUCGGCGAAGCCGGCUCUGGCAGAGGUAGAACAGCAAGAGAGAGUGUGAUUUCGUUCGCUGCACCUGGAGCUAUCAUCAGUAUACCCGAGACCAUAACUAGAAGCGAUUGCCUGUGAUAUAGCUAAGGCAUAUGAUUGAUCUCCAUGCUCUCAUGGUUGUAUAUUAGUUUUUAUAUAUACCGAGAAAUCAAAUUGAAAUAGGUCUUGGUUUAUAUGUGAUGAGUGAUUAACAAGAUUAUCGAUUUGUUUUGAGUUUGAUUUGAACAUUUU